AAUGAAAUACCUUCUCACGUUCGCUCUUUCUGGAUGAAACGAGCCCUCCAAGCUCUCGAUGAGCUCGUCUCCCCAUGCCCCUACGAAGCCUUCGGUGCCGUCAUCGUCAAUCACACCACCUACCUCCCAGAUGACAUUGGAGAUCUCAUCUGCAUCGGCGCCAAUGCCAUCUCCACCGGCAACCCAACCCUGCAUGGAGAAAUGGCAGCCAUCAACAACUGCACCGCCGUGCUCUCCGACCCGGACGGCCACUACAAGCUCUCCCCCGCAGAGAUCCAGAAAGCCUGGCAUCAAUUGACCCUCUACACCACCGCCGAGCCGUGUCCAAUGUGCAGCGCCGCGAUCCGCUGGGCGGGCUUCAAGGAGUGCGUCUACGGUACUAGCGCUGCGACUCUGGCUGCGAACUCGUGGAGUCUGAUCGACAUCUCUAGCGAGGAGGUCUUUGAGAGAUCGAGCAAUUUGAAGCCUUCUACGAGGCUGAUUUCGAACAUCGCAAGCAAUGAAACUGAUCCUUACUUUCAAUGGCAGAAUGAUCCGCACGCUGAGUGU